CAUGCAAGAAAAGAAAACCAGACUAUCUGAUGGACUGCAUUAUUUUUCCAGGCGGCUUGGAACUGCAACUGCAAAGAACAGAGAGGCUUCAGAUGAUUGGUAUAAGAAUCCAGGCAUUAAUAAUGAUUAUUUGAUCAUGAUUUUGGAAUAAUAAGAAGAUAUUUCCUGUCUGUGUAUGUGGAGUGAUGUUUCUAAAGAAAACCAAGAAUGGAGUCAUUUUGAUCUCUGAUGGGUGAAACUCACUGGAAUGGAAACCAACAUCUAUGCAGCAAACCAAAGCUCGCCAUGUUUUACAUCUGCCAAGUGCCUGGGGACUCCAAAGGGAGCAAAGUAUGAAGAAUACCAAAGAAACAUAGAAGAACAGAAAAGUCCAUCUGAAUUUCAGGAUGUUUUACUGGAACCUGAGAUGAGUUUGCUGUCUGUGUCAUCCGUAUUAGACCACAAUGAGACAUCCUUGCAACCUGGUGGGACUACAGUGUCUGUUAGUGCCACCAAUCAAUCUGAAGCAGAGCAGCUCUGUGAAGAAUUACUGUGUUCUGCAAGGCACAAGUCAAAGGAAGAAGCUUUAUACUUUACUUCACACACAGAAUGGUCACCCCUUGCAGGAGAAAAUCCAUCCAAGAAGCCAGAAAGGAGUCAUGAGAUCAGAGUCAUGAGACACAAGCCAAGUGCUAUCACGUUUUCUGAUUUUGAAUUUUUAUCACAUGAAGCUAAUACUAAACUCCAUAUUUCUGAGGCAGGAGAAGAUGACUUUUCAUAUGAAGAGGAAGAAGCAGAUGGCAGAGGUGAUGAUGAUCUGUUUACAGAACUGCCACUGUAUGAGGCAUUUUUCAAUGGCCUUCACAGAACAGAUGUUUUCCCAAGAAAGCAAGCUAAAUGUGAACUUACUGAGUGUCCACACAUCUGUCAUUUAGAAGAGUGUGACGCUAAUUCCAAAAUGGAAUUGAAGGACCAUGACAAGGAGGAAAAACACACGGAGCUGGAGACCCAAUCAGAAAGAAGAUUGGAAUGGUCAGACUCUAUGUCAUGUCUUAUGAAGAAACUGGAACAGCUGAAUUUAGACAUUGAAGAAGCUCUGAGUGCUAGCUCAUCUCCCUCCAGUACUCCUUCUACCACAAGGAACAAACAACUGUGCCCUGUUCAAGUGGAGACAAGCUCUUACAGUGAUUAUCAAGGAAAAGGAUUGUGGAACCACAGAAGUGCAGACUACCAGGAUUUAGACUGCUUACCUUACCCAGUAUCAACUGGAGCACGGCCUAAACCUUUUGUGCUGUUUCAGAAGCUGUCUAAGGAGAAAGCAGAAAUCGAAGCAAAGGAAGCGUGUGACUGGUUACGUGCAGCUGGAUUCCCCCAGUAUGCUCAGUUCUAUGAGAACUCCCAGUUUCCAAUUGACAUUGCUGCAGUAAAGAAAGAUCAUGAUUUUCUUGAAAAGGACCUGGUAGAACCACUUUGCAGACGACUGAACACACUGAACAAGUGCGCCUCAAUGAAACUCGAUGUGAACUUCCAAAGAAAAAAGAGUGAAGAUUCAGAUGAAGAAGACCUCUGUGCUAUCAGUAAUAAAUGGACUUUCCAAAGAACAAGCAGACGAUGGUCUCGAGUGGACGACAUUGAUGCUUUACUUCACCAAUCAGACAGACAUGGAUCUUCUGGGGAUAUUAAAAUGAAAAAUACAACAAGCAGUGAGAGUGUCCUUACAGAUCUGAGUGAACCUGAGGUCUCAUCUGUUCACAGUGAGAGCAGUGGGGGAAGCGACAACAGGAGUCCGUCCAGCAUUAGCAGCAUCGCCAGGGAGACCUGCAACUGCUCUGGCCAGCAUGAGAGCACACUGCUGCCAGACUUAAUGGUGAUAAGCACUGCUCUGUCCCCCAAGGACAAUGUUAAGAAUGAGAAACCAAUGCGAACCAAAACAAAAACCUUUCUAAAGCGUAUGGAGACACUAAAAGCAAAAGGUGUGCAUGGAAAACUAAAAGGCUCGGGAAGAGCAGGUCCUUUAGAGAUAAGCAGACCUGUUCUUCAGCGUGAGCCGAAAUCUUUGAAGGACAUGCACUGUGUACAGAUAGUCAAUGGGGAUCUCCAAAACUUAGCACAAGAUUCAGGCAAAAGAGGACUUUCCUUUUCUGCCAAAUCCAGCAGUGAAAGCAGUCAGUCUGAAAACAGCAGCAGUGGGGUGAGCACACCAUGUUUGAAGGAACGCAAAUGUCAUGAAGCGAACAAGAGAGGUGGGAUGUACCUGGAUGAUCUAGAUGUUCUGGCAGGAACAGCUUUACGGCAAGUGGUGGACCAAAACCGCAAAAAUGAAUUUCAUUCCCAAGAGAACUUGGUUGUGCAUAUUCCCAAGGACCACAAACCAGGGACCUUCCCAAAGGCACUUUCUAUUGAAAGCCUCUCACCUACAGACAACAGUAAUGGUGUAAACUGGAGGACGGGCAGCGUCUCUUUGGGAAAACAGAACUGCUCUACUCCAAAAGAGACUGGACUGAUGGCUUGCUGUCCUAAGGAGAGCAGAAUUAGUAUUUACGACAAUGUGCCAGGUUCCCACUUGUAUGCUAGUACUGGAGACCUUCUGGAUUUAGAAAAAGGUGAACUUUUUCCUCAUUUAGAUGACAUUUUGCAACACGUCAAUGGACUCCGGGAUGUAGUAGAUGGUUGGUCAAAAAAUGUGUUGCCGGGUCUGCCAGUUGAUGAUGUGUCAGUCAGAGAGUCUCCAUCGUUACCUUUCCAGUCAACCACACAGAUCACACUUGAUUUUGAAGGAAACUCUGUCUCUGAUGGCCGGACCACACCAAGUGACAUGGACAGAGAUGGAACAUCCCUGAAUGAAUCAGAGGCUACUGGUGUUAGAGAGAGGAGAGACUCUGGAGUGGGAGCAUCUCUCACAAGGCCAAGCAGGCAAUUACGAUGGCAUAGUUUCCAAAUUUCUCAUCAUCUGAGCAACUCCAUCGCAUCACUUCACAUCAGCAAUCAGUCAGCAGCCCAGCUGAAUCUGCUGCAAAAAUUCUCUCUACUUCGUCUUACAGCCAUCAUGGAAAAGUACUCCAUGUCAAACAAACAUGGCUGGACCUGGUCUGUACCAAAGUUCAUGAAGCGGAUGAAAGUCCCUGACUACAAGGACAAGAACGUCUUUGGCGUGCCUCUGAUAGUUCAUGUCCAGAGAACAGGACAGCCUCUUCCCCAAAGCAUUCAGCAAGCACUACAUUACUUAAGAGGCAACUGUUUAGAUCAGGUGGGUCUGUUUCGAAAAUCUGGAGUGAAGUCUCGAAUCCAGGCCCUGCGUCAGAUGAAUGAGAGCUCCCCAGAAAAUGUCAACUAUGAAGACCAGUCAGCAUAUGAUGUAGCAGAUAUGGUAAAGCAAUUUUUCCGUGACUUGCCAGAACCCCUCCUCACAAGUAAGCUGGGAGAGACUUUUCUACACAUCUACCAAUAUGUCCCCAAGGAGCAGCGGCUGCAGGCCGUGCAGGCAGCCAUCAUGCUGAUGUCAGAUGAGAACCGAGAGGUUUUGCAGACACUGCUGUGCUUCCUGAGCGACGUCACCUCUGUGGAGGAGAAUCAGAUGACUCCAAUGAACAUAGCUGUUUGUCUGGCCCCUUCCCUCUUCCAUCUCAAUAUAGUGAAGAAAGAAAGUUCUCCAAGAGUAAUACAGAAAAAAUAUGCAACAGGGAAGCCAGAUCAGAAGGAUCUCAGUGAAAACCUGGCAGCUACUCAGGGACUUGCUCACAUGAUAAUGGAAUGCAACAAACUUUUUGAGGUCCCACAUGAGAUGGUCACUCAGUCCCGAAACUCCUACAUCGAUGCAGAAGUGCAUUCUCCCACCCUGGAUGAACUUGGGAAACAAGUGGAUGAGGAAGGAGGGAACUACCAGAUGUACCUUGAAAAUCUCAUGCAGAAUCUCCACAAAGAAGCAAAAGACAAAUUCAAAGGAUGGGUCACAUGUUCCAGUAUGGAGAAUACAGAACUCGCCUACAAAAAGGUUGGGGAUGGGAACCCUCUAAGGCUUUGGAAAGCCUCAGUGGAAGUUGAAGCCCCACCAUCAGUUGUUCUGAACCGAGUGCUGAGAGAACGUCACCUUUGGGAUGAAGACUUCUUGCAAUGGAAGGUUGUUGAGAGCUUGGACAAGCAGACAGAAGUUUACCAGUAUGUUCUGAACAGCAUGGCUCCUCAUCCUGUCCGAGACUUUGUUGUUCUAAGGACGUGGAGGACAGAUCUGCCAAGGGGAACGUGCAUGCUGGUUGCCAUCUCUGUGGAGCACGAAGAGGCUCCUCUUAUGGGAGCGGUGCGAGCCAUCGUGAUGGACUCUCAGUAUCUGAUAGAGCCGUGUGGCUCAGGAAAAGCCAGGCUGACCCAUAUCUGCAGAAUCGACCUAAAAGGACAUUCCCCAGAGUGGUAUAACAAAGGCUUUGGACAUCUGUGUGCUGCAGAAGUUGCCAGGAUCAGAAACUCAUUUCAGCCUCUGAUUGCUGAAGGACCAGAAACAAAAAUCUGAGGAAGUGUUUGUGGAAAUGUGUACGUGUAAAUCAGGGUAUGGCAGAGAACAGGAAGACAGAAAGCAGAGAUCUUUUUUAGGUUACAGAAGUCUGACCAGACCCAGGUCUGUACAAAGGUGAAUUUUAUAGGAUAGUUCUUUUAUUCUGGAGACUUUGCCUCCCACGUCCCUUCUGCAUUAAUUUUAAUUGCUGAAGUAAAAUUUUCUUCAAAGACCUUUUAUCUUUAUUGUUUUAAAAUCAUACUAUUGCCAUGACUUGUGUGUUACAUAACUCUGGUAUUUAAGGGCUUCUAAGAAGCAUAUUUUAAUUGUAAAUAAAUUAUGUACAGUAUGUAUAUAUUUAUAUUAUAUCUAUCUAUAUAUAUGUAUAUGUAUAAAUUAAUUAUUUUGUAUAUAACUCAGUGCUUUCUAGAAGUCACUUGCAUCAGUUGGACCUUAAAUGAAUCCGUCACUUGUUUCUUAGUGUGUCACUGCUACAUAAGCUGUGUUUACUGUUAUCACAGGGCUACCAAGCAUAACCCAUGUGAUAACAGAAACGCCUGUUCUCGGGUUUGUUUUGUGUUUGUGUGCUACGAGAAGGUACCUAGAAAUAGAUGUAGAAGAAUUAAGAGAAUUAAGGAAGAGGGAAGUGGCUGUAGGUUAAAAAAUAAUGAGCGGAUCCAUUUUGACAGAUACAGUGCAUGGAGUGUAACAGAGACAUUUUGAAGGCCAUUUAUAUUCAGCUACAGAAAGUUGUGACUGUCAGCACAAGGAGAUGUUGGAAACUUAGCUAUUGCCUUAAUGGCCUGUCUGUCACUAGAGAACCUCACUAUGUCAGUGUUCAGUGUAACUGCUCAUUCUUAGCAAGUACAAGAUAACACUUUGUGUACUGAGGUAUCUGAAAUCAGACUGGUGAGUUAAUAAGCUGUAAAUCUUCUGUUUAGCAUUUCAUCUAGGCUGCGAGGAAGUAUUUCUGUGUUGUUCUUUCCUUCAUCCAUAGAGGUAGCUCAUUAUUAAGAAGCUCCAAAGCAGAUUUUCUACAUCCAAUGGACACAAAGAUGUACGGAUGAACACCAUGCCUUUUAGUACUCUUCCUAUAAAAAUAACUAAACUUUUUGAAGCUUUUAAACACAUCUCAGAGAUGUAAAAGAUUAAAUGCAGACUAUGCUUGGGAAGACUGCUUUUAUAGUAACAGCAAGCAAUUUUGUAUUAUAUUGCACUGAUCUGCAUGGUCCUGCCUCUGUAGGCAUUGGUGGGAGCAGGAUCAGCCCCUGACUAUGAGGAGUAGGAGCCAUGUAUGCCUGUUAUAUCGUUUCAUUUUCAGGGACCUAUUAUUUGCUAAUGGAUGAAUGCUUUAAAAGUCGUAAUAAUUAUUUGUUGAUGUUACCAUUGAGGCAGGGUUCUCUUCUGUUUUUAACUAACCUAAGACCAAAAAAUGAUAUUACAUCUAUGAUUCAGUCAGAAUGUACAAGCCUGUUAACAUUGUUCAUUAAUCGCAUUUGUUCACCUUGUAUUUAUUUAUUGCUGCAUAAACCAGUUGAGACAUUCAUAGCCAGUGUUUUUACUAUCCCUUGUCAGCUGCUGCUCUCUUUGUCUCACCCGUGUUCUGUUGAGCUUAUUGGACCUCGGUUGCCUAUCAGCUCAAAUGUUGAGUUUGUUGCCAACGUUCACAGAACCAUAGGAUGGUUUGGGUUGGUUUAAGAUCAUGUAGUUCCAACCCCCCUGCUGUAUGCAGGGACACCUUUCUGUAGAC